AUGGGUAAAGUGGGAAGCAAGCCCAUGGCAACAUUGAAACAUUGCACUCUGUGGAAAGCGGACCGCAGUCCUUCUUGCAGAGCGGUAAUGAUGGGUUUGGAUGCUAUGAACAUCAGCAUAACGGAAGUUGACGUAGACAUAGACAAAGCUGAACAUAGAGCUCAAGAUAUUGUUGCUAUGAACCCCUUUCAAACUUUACCGAUAUUUAAAGAUAGAGAACUUAUUUUGACAGACAGUCAUUCCAUUAAUACCUACCUAGCUGCGAGAUACCAUAACUGUAAUAAGUUACUGCCAAGAGACCCUGGGGGACGCGCUGUAGUGGAUCAGCUUUUACUUUACAACUGUGGCGUUCUACAACCCCGAUACCGGGCUGCCGCGGACCCAAUCUUGUAUGAGAACUGUCGUUUCGUUUUGCCUGACCAGAUUUACGAAAUUGAGAGUUCCUAUUCUGACCUGGACGGUAUACUCUCUGGACGGCCGUGGCUAACCGGCUCUUUGAUGACACUUGCUGAUAUUUCCAUUGCGGCUACCGUCAGCACAAUGAACAUCCUUGUGCCAGUAGACAAAAAGAAAUUUCCAAAUUUGAUACGAUGGAUGUACACAAUGUCCGAAGAAUCUUUCUAUAGCACAGCAAAUGACAAAGGUCUAGAAGAGUUUGCGAGAAGAAUAGGCAAGUUUCUCAAUGUUGAAACCUCUAGUAAAAUAUGCUACGAAUUCGUAAAAUAA